CAACCACCCAUCCAUAUUCUCACUCAAGCGCGCUAGAGCCGCUCCAUACUCCGCCAUGGCAAGUCUCGAAGACGAGCUUCUGAACGACUUCGCGUCCUCUGCGUCCGAAGACGAAGACGACGCGCAAACCGACACCAAGGGCGACUUGGACGAACUGGCGAAAGAUUUCGGUGGCGACGACGACAACAGCGGAGACGACGGCAGGGACGAGGAAGCCGAUGCCCAGAAGAAAGACAAGGGGCCACCAGACAUCCAGGGCGCGACAAGCCUGCUCUCCAAGCUGGAACCCGUUGUGAAGCAGAUCGAGCACCACCAAACUCUACCGCAGACGACCAACGAAGGCUCCGUAGAGGACCACCCCGAAUACCAGCUCCUGACCGAAGCCAACACCCUCUCCACUUCCAUCGACGGCGAGAUGGCGAACGUCCACAAGUUCAUUCGCGACGUCUACUCGAUUCGCUUCCCGUACCUCGAAGAGCUCAUCCAGAACCCGCUGAACUACGCGCGCACCGUCGCAAUUAUAGGAAAUGGGCCGAUGGAAGAUAUCAAGACCAUCUCGCUGUCGGCGGACAACAUUGUGGGCGCCCCUUUGAAGUCAAUACUUGACGGUCCCUCGCUGAUGGUAGUCACCGUGGAAGCUACACGCUCUGGAGGUCGAGACCUGACCGAGCACGAGCUGUCUCUUGUGCGCAAAGCUUGCAUGAUGACUCUACAGCUCGACAAGGCCAAGAAGGUCCUCACCGACUACGUGCAAUCUCGCAUGAACAUAUUCGCGCCCAAUCUGACGAACCUUAUUGGCUCUCUGACGGCGGCGCAACUGCUCAACUACGCUGGCGGUCUUACUGGCCUUGCAAAGACGCCCGCUUGCAACAUCCCCCCACUCGGCUCUAAUAAGGCAUCUGGUACCGGAUUUGCGACCAACGUCGGUGUCCGCCACCAGGGCUUUCUCUACAACUCACCUAUCAUCCAGGCCAUCCGUACCGAUCUCAAGAAACAGGCCAUGCGCAUCGUAUCUGCCAAAGUUAUUCUCGCCGCAAGAGUCGACCGGGUGCACGAAUCACCAGAUGGAGCUAUGGGCGAGCAGCUGAAAGAAGACUGCAUGACGCGCCUGGACAAGCUCACCGAACCACCACCAAACAAGGGCGUCCGCGCACUGCCCGCACCCGACGACAAGCCCUCCCGCAAACGAGGCGGCCGCCGAGCCCGCUUGGCCAAAGAAGCCACCGCUAUGACCGAGAUCCGCAAAGCGCAGAACCGCAUGGUCUUUGGCAAGGAGGAGCAGGAAGUCGGCUAUGGCACCGGCACCGGCACCAAGGGCCUCGGCAUGAUUGGCGCCCAGGACACCGGCCGCGUGCGCGCGCAGCAGAUCGACCACAAGACGAAGGCCAAGCUCAGCAAGAAGAACCCGGGCUGGGGUACCAACGGCACUGCAACUGCGGUCGGCGGAGCGGCAUCCAGUCUGAAGAGUUUUGGCCAAGGCGGCACCGCGAGUAUGCUCCGCGGGCAUGGCUUGCGCACGGCGGGCGUCGGCGGUGUGGCGACGGCGGGUACGAGCUCCAUUGCCUUCACGCCCGUGCAAGGCCUUGAGCUCGUCGACCCCAAGGUCCGCGAUGCGAUGAACCGGAAGCGGAAGGCGGAGGAGGAUCGGUGGUUCAAGGGUGGAACGUUCACGCAGGUCGGCGGCGGUGCUGCGGGAGGCAGCAAUGGUGCUCCUGCGAAUGUAGACUCGGCAGGCUUCAAGGUGCCUUCGCUGCCGCCGAAUAAGAAGGUUAAUACGGGCUCAUGAACGAACCGUUCGUGGUUUGAUGAAGCCGCGGUCAUUUAGGAACCACUGAGGAGAACUGCAAGGCGUUGGUGGUCUAACAAAUGCAUUUGAGGGAGUUCUGGGCAGGAUCAUAGGCAGGAUAUCGUCCAUUAUCGAAGCCUGAGAGGCUUUGUGGUUCUGAUAGUUAUAGCUACAGAGACUCAAAUACUUUUGCCAUAUAUCAAAC